AUGGAAAAUAACAAGUUCAAGGCCAGCACUGAUGAGGAUGACUUCUGGGGAAUAUUGAGUGGAAGCGAUGGGUCUGAAGAUGAUGAGAUCAGUAUGUUGUUUAAGUCAAGAAUACCAGAGAAUACUUUGGACAAUGAUAAUAAAGAAGAGCCGGAUGUAUGUAAUGCAAUGGAAGAACGCGAAGGAGGUAUAGAAGACGUAGGUGAAGAGGAGGAUGAGGUUAGUGUUAUGAAUGAUGCACAAACAGAUGAGUCUCAUCAGCCAUUGGAUGUUAAAGAGGAUGAUACAGAAGUCAGUAUUGAGUCCAUGGAUGAGGGAAGUGAUGUGCUUGAUGGGUCAUGGGCGAAAGAAACGAAAAAGGAGCAUGUGGAAGACAGUCAAAAGACAUGUUCUGUUGACGACAUGGGGUUUAUCUGGGAUGACGACGAAGAGUUUGUUCUAGGAGCGAGCAAGAAUAACAUGAAGAUAGAUGAGAAGAAUGGGACGAGUAAUGGGCCUGAGAAGAUGGGAGCAGAUGAUAAGUAUGCAGUUCAGUUGAAUGCUAGGCAUGAAGUGAUGAAUGAAGUGUGCGAAAACAUUUAUGAAGAGUCGAUCUGUAGUGCAUUGAUAAAUGAGAAUGACGAAAUGUACGACGAGAUUAAGGAAGAAGACACUGAGACUAAUACGCAUGAUGAAAUAGCAGAAAUGCAAGAAAAUAGUGACAAAUAUACAGAGUGUGUUCAUGCAAAUGGUGGAGUGAAUGUAAUGAAGGGAGAAAUAGAGGAUGGUGCAUUGAAGAAUGAAGGGGUGAAUAAGCAGGAGGAUAUGCAGAGUGUGAGCAAUCGACACAUCCGUGGCGUGUCUUCAUGCAAGAAAGCGAAUAUUAUGAUGCCCAAGCCGUUAGUAAAGUUUAUUUGUGGGACGGUUUUUACGGUAUGGAAAUCAUCGCAGAAGAGAUUUAACAUGCAAGGAGAGGCGGUUAUGGCAAGUAUCAAUGUUUCUCAGUGCUAUCGACUUGAGUAUGUGAUACCGAGCAUAAAGCGGUCUGAAUUUGAACGAUGGAUGAAGGAAGGGGGUGCUGGGGAUUAUAGAGAUGUUUAUGCUUUUUUGCGACUCAAAAAUCCAUGUGUUGAAUCUAUUGCGAAUAUUGUGUAUAGCACGAGGCCUGUGUAUUGUGAAAGUGAUGUUUGCUGGAAGGUGGAGGCGGAGUGCAUAAAUGAGUUUGUUAGGCUAUGUUUUGUUGAUGAGGAGAAGGCGUUUGAAUAUGCCUUAGAGAAAGAGAUGUGGGGUCUUGGAAUUAUGUUACCGAACAAUGGGCAGGAGAUAAAGAAGAAGGCUAUUGAGAGGAUGAUGAAUCCUUCGUGUGUCCCGUUUGUAUCUGUUGCACUCGGAGAAUCAUAUUCGUGUUUGAAGAUGUCUGGAGAAUGGAAGAGAUACCUGAGAGAAGUGCUGCUGCUCAAGAACCGUGAGAUCUGCCACGACUUUAUUAUGGAAGUGUAUAAGUGUGGAGCAGCAGAUGCAUUAUUUGUGGUACUUGCAUGCCAUGUUGUUGGUAUAGUUGAUGCAAGCAAGUAUCUGUGGAUGUUCAGCAGGAACUUUGAGGCAAUAGGAGCGUUAUGCUAUGCCGAGAGUGUGUACAAGCCCAUACAGGAUCUGGAUAUUUUGAAGUAUGAAUUUGUUUGUGUUGGGAUGGAGUUUGACAAGGCGAAGGCAGAGGAAUACUUUAAUGCAAACAGAAAGUGCUUUAGGAAAGAGCUGACCGUCAAUAUUGGGCCUCAGCUUGACAGUAAGUGGAGUUUUGGAUUGAAGAGUGUUUUUGAUUUUGGGAUCAAAAAGAUUCUGAAUGUGGACAGCUUUGAAGAGAGCCCUUCUGAGAUGCCGAGCAGGCACGGGGGACUACAGUUAUCAACGAGCGCGGGCUGUUUUGAUGGAAAAUCUUUGUCACUGAAAGAGAUUGAGAGAGCCUUACAGGCAGAUGAUAAUCAAGAGAGUGUUGGUGCUAUUAAUGUAAUUGGAGCUGCAGAAAGUGUUUACAAUAAUGACAAGAUUGCAGAAGUGUGUAUAAGAAGGCCAGAAACUCUAUUGAGUGGAAAUGAGCAUGUGCCAGCAGCCAUGCCGUGUGUAUCUAGUGAGAGUGGAAUGGAGAGCAGGAAUGAAAAUGAUAAGUUAUUUGUGGAUGAAUGCCCAAAAAGCUUUGCAGACUUUUUUGAGGAGCAAAAUGCAACCUGCCCGGAAGAUGUGAAGGAUACUGGGGCGUUUCUUUCUAAAUUUGCUAUUGAGGAGGAUGGAGCAGAAAUGAAAGAAGAAAAAGUUCCGAAGAAGGCUGGAGGAUCCUCAUUUUUUGGCUUUCUGAGCAUGUUUAAAAAAGAAUCGAUUCACAAGGUUAGCAUUGAUGUUGAUGAUGAUUUCAAAUAUGAUCCUAUUGAGAAGAAAUGGAUUGGUGGAACGCCAUCGAAGGCGAAUGGAGAAGAAACUGCGGCAAUGCGAUCAAGAUCGAUACCGAAGCCAAGCUCUGGGGGAUCAAAUGAGCGUUGUGUAGACACAACCGAUACAAGUGUAGCAUCUGUGUAUGCAAACAGACGAAGAGUGGAUAGGAAGGGCAUUCCGGGGACGUUCAAUAGAGAUGUUGAUGGAUGA